GCCAAAACAGCCCUAGCUGAACUGUAAAGGCCCUUAAGGCCAACAACGAAAUUCGAUUUAAAAAAAAAAGAUUGGUAAUAUAACAGCUGUUAACAGUCAAGUGUCACUAUUUGAUUGGAACUUACAAAAUAGUGAUUUGUGUAUAUUAUAGGGUAAUAACUAUUAGCUUUUGUAUUUGUACUAGUUAGUAGCGCGUGACGAAUUUUAUUUAGAUAAAACGAAGUGGUGUUUUUCCCGCAAACAUAUAAUAAAAUUAUAAAAAACUUACAAGAAAGUACUUGGAUUUAAAAUCACGGUCACAGUUCUUAGUAGACAACAACGAGAAAAAUGAAGUUGCAAAAAGUUUUACCGCGAAUACAUGGUUAUUUAUCUAAUUUAAAUACCAGCACACCUUUAUGCUAUACAACCAGACUUCAACAUGAUAAAAUAAAUGUUAACGAGCAUAGAGCUAAAGUUAUGGCUCGAGGCUUACCAGAAAAGAAACCAUUACCUGGUGUAAAAAAAAUAAUUCUUGUUGCAUCAGGGAAAGGAGGAGUGGGGAAAACUACUACAGCUGUUAACCUUGCCUGUGCAAUGAAAGUUAUAGAGCCUAAUAAAGAGAUAGGUUUAUUGGAUGCAGAUGUGUUUGGUCCAUCUGUGCCUAUUAUGAUGAAUAUAAGCGGAGAACCUAUGCUUAAUGACAAUCACUUAAUAGAACCUCUUAUAAACUAUGGUGUUAAAUGCAUGUCAAUGGGUUUGUUAGUGGCUGGCGAAAAUGCAGUGGUCUGGCGUGGUCUAAUGGUGAUGCAGGCUUUGGAAAGACUGACCAGGCAUGUAGCUUGGGGGCCACUUGAUUGUCUGGUUGUAGAUACACCUCCUGGCACUGGAGACACACAUUUAUCACUUGCACAGAACUUGCCUAUUGAUGGGGCUAUUGUGGUAACAACUCCCCAAUCAGCAGCACUACAAGUUACAAAGCGAGGUCUCAACAUGUUUGAAAAACUCAAAGUUCCCAUCAUUGGCCUUGUAGAAAACAUGUCUCAUGCUAUUUGCAAGAAUUGUGGCACAAGGAAUUUCAUUUUUGGAAACGAGACUAAACAGAUGGCUGAACAAAUGGGUUUGGAAAUUAUAGAAAGCUUUGAGGUUGACCCUGAUAUGUCAGAAUGUAUAAACAGUGGCAAACCAGCAAUAUAUGCCCUACCAGAUAGCAUACACGCAGAAAAAUAUCGUCAGCUAGCAAAUAAGGUGUUUAAGUAUCUAUCAAGUAAGGAUCAAAAAGAAGCUAUUGCCAAGUAAAGUUAAGCAUUACUGUGACAAAGAGCAUGUAAAACUACUCUUUGGAAUAUGCAUAGGAAAAUGUAUUUACUGAAUCCUAAAUUGAGUUUGUUAUGGUUGCCUUGUGUUGGAAGGACUAGGUCUCUAAGUAUGCAGCUCUUAAAUUUUAUUGCAACCUUUUCUUACAAGGUAAGUAAGUGUAUAGGAUAGUGAUCCAAUAUCUUAAAUUAUAUGGACACUAAUAAUGCCUAGUGUUUUUUAUGAUCAUGAAUAUUGAAGUAAGAUCAUCAAUAUAUGUGUGAAUACUGCAAACAAUUGGAAUCCUUAAUUGGUAUGUAGUUAUAAUGCAAUACAUACAACAGCUAUAAUUUUCUAAAAGUACAAAAAUUUUAAGAAUUUUAUUUUCACUAAAUAUAAUACCACCAUGAAAGUUUAGGUUUGAUAUAAUGCGACAAAGUUCAGGUGGAUUAAGUUGCCUGGGGAAGAAAUAUGUUUUAGUAUAUUUAUAUACACAAACCCCAGGGACCAAUUUUUUAUUGUAUCCUGUUGUACAUUUUGUUUUAUCGGAUCGGAUAUUAAACCAACUUUUAGUUGAAAUGUAAUAUGCGAAAAGGUUUAAUUCGAAAUCUCACAUUUUAAUUAAAAUAGAAAAUCUAGUUGUUGCAAUUUUGUUUAUUAAAUAUUUUACAAAUAAAUCUGUUAUAUCAAAUGAUGUUGUGUUUCUUAAACAAUUAACACUAUGGCAAACUUGGCUUCUUUAUAUUCAGGGAAAAGACAAAAUAAAUGAAAUAAAAAUACUAUAAAAAUAUAUCUUUUAAAUAUGUACAGUUUCAAAUACAUGGUAAAUAGUAGAUAAAUGAAUUUAAGUACAGUGUUUAUACUGUCCUAAGUAAAUUCGGAAUAAAUUUUAAAAACUUCAAGGCAAACAACAAUUUAGAAUUAUAAAAGCGAGAAAGUCACAGAGAGGAGUACGACACUUUAAAAUAUAAGUUGUAUAUAAAAAUUGGAUUGCUAUACUAAAAUAUAAUAAUUGUCACCAACACUCGAUGCGUUUCAUAAAUUCACACUUGACGCCGAUAGUUAAAUCUAUUAUAGAUGUAAAAACUUAUUGCUUAGUUUGCGCGCUUUAUAACUCAAUAAUUUACUUGAAAUUGACCAUUAGAGGUUGAUACAAACUUAAAUCUUUGCAAUAUAGAAUAACAAAAGGUGUAAAAUCAGCUUAAUUCACCUAAAACUAAUUGGGCCACUAAAACAAUGACGGAAAUCCAAAGUUUUGCUAAUCUAACAGAUUAUAUAGGAAUGUUAAGAUUAUGUUUUAAUACUACUCCUAGCCAAUAAAUGGCAUUAUUUAGAUCAUGGUUAAUUGUCAGCAGUCAAAGUCUGAUUACCAAUUGUCAGUUUUAAAAUUAAAAUACCACAACCAUCAAAAACGUGCAAACUAAACAGUAUGGCGUAUAGUUACAUAACACGAUAACCUCAUUCACAACAGCCUAGUUAACAACAAUGUCCCUUCACAAAGUUCGCACUACCACUUCUUCUUGUGUUCGUCCAUACUCACUCCACCCGGCCCGAGGUACACAAUCAUUAGAAGACCCCCAAUCACUGA